AUGGGCGACGCCAUCGUCGAAACACCGGUCAAUGUUCUUGCUCCUCCGCUCAAAGCUACCCCAGCGGAAGCGAUUCCCGAUAUUGAGCCCCUGGAAGGUUGGGGAACAGACGACGCUGAUGAAUACACCACGCUAAAGAGAUUACAGCGGCAUUUGGAGUACAUAAAUCUACAGGAGGAGUACAUCAAGGAUGAGCAAAGGAGUCUUAAGCGAGAGCUCGUCAGAGCGCAGGAGGAGAUCAAGAGAAUACAAAGCGUUCCUUUGGUGAUCGGACAGUUCAUGGAAGCCAUCGAUCAGAAUACCGGUAUCGUACAGUCUUCAACAGGGUCUAAUUAUGUCGUUCGAAUUCUCUCAACCCUCGACCGCGAGAAGCUAAAACCGUCGUCCUCCGUCGCCUUACACCGUCAUUCUAAUGCCCUUGUUGACAUCCUUCCCCCAGAAGCCGACUCGUCUAUUGCCAUGCUGGGUGCACAUGAGAAGCCGGAUGUUACGUACGCGGAUGUUGGAGGGUUGGAUAUGCAAAAGCAGGAAAUUAGAGAGGCCGUUGAACUGCCUUUAACGCAUUUCGAUUUGUACAAACAAAUCGGAAUCGACCCACCUCGAGGUGUGCUUCUCUAUGGUCCUCCUGGAACGGGCAAAACCAUGUUGGUAAAGGCUGUUGCGAAUAGCACAACUGCCAAUUUUAUCCGCGUCGUCGGAUCAGAGUUUGUGCAGAAAUAUCUUGGUGAAGGACCUCGUAUGGUUCGAGACGUUUUCCGCAUGGCGCGAGAGAACUCACCCGCUAUCAUUUUUAUUGACGAAAUUGACGCCAUCGCCACUAAACGUUUCGAUGCCCAAACUGGAGCCGAUCGUGAAGUCCAGCGUAUUUUGCUUGAGCUUCUCAACCAGAUGGACGGCUUCGAUCAGACCAGCAACGUCAAGGUGAUCAUGGCCACAAAUCGAGCAGACACCUUGGACCCUGCUUUACUUCGACCAGGUCGUUUAGACAGGAAAAUUGAGUUUCCUUCCCUCCGCGAUCGGCGCGAGCGUCGUCUAAUUUUCACCACGAUUGCCUCGAAGAUGUCGCUGUCGCCAGAAGUAGAUUUGGAUUCGCUGAUUGUCCGCAACGAUCCCUUAUCGGGCGCUGUGAUCGCCGCUAUCAUGCAAGAGGCUGGCUUGCGUGCUGUCCGGAAGAAUCGAUACAACAUCAUCCAAUCCGAUCUUGAGGACGCCUACUCAAGCCAGGUCAAGAGUGGACAGGAUGCAGACAAAUUUGAUUUCUAUCGCUGA